GGCCUGUCCUACAGCUCAUUUUUAAAUUAAACACUCAUUAUAGCUCAUUCACUUCUUUACAUAAUCAUUAAGUAGAUGUUCAUGUCGAUUGUUGUGUGAUUAGUUGCUUGUGUGUCAUCAAUAAUGCUGACUGUUCCACAUUGUAAUCAAUUGUCUUGAGUUCAUAGAUCACUUCAAGCACUUUAAUCAUGUGUGACGCAUCGUAUUGUCUACUCAGCUUGUCGUGUAUGACUGAUAAAUGUGCUUGCAGAAGUAGUUUGAGAACAAGAGACUUGCUUAUUUCGUUGCCUAUGAAACAAUAUUUUCCAAAUCUUUAAUUGUAACUACAUUUUUAACUACAGUUAGACGAUAAUCUCACGUUUGCUUUAUAAGUACGUAAAUAAUAAUGGUGAUGAAUGUUUGCGGGAUAAGAGUGCGUACUUCUCGCACACUAACUUUAUUUCCGUAUUUGUUCUUGCUGCACUGAAUAUCACAUUGCGUGAACUCUGCUAUUCUUGGGAAUGGAGUCUUGUCUUGAUUCUUUUAAACGCUUGGGGAGGCUUGUGGCAUUUGGUUGUUUCUGACAUACACAUCAGGCGACCUCAUCAGCUCGUUCCAAUUUGUUGGUCUUAUAGACCUUCCUUGGCAACACCACAAAUUGAUUCUUUGGAACAAUUGUCAAGGUCAUUGGACAAUUUUCCUCGCGACACAAGUAGUACUACUGAAAGAGAAAGUUCGAGUUCAGAAUUAGAAUCUUGUUAAAAUUCAAUGUUGACGUAAUAUUUGUUUACUGGGCUCUUAUUCGUGCAGGACGUUUUUCCAUUAAUAAAGGUAUAUUUUUUAUACACGUACCCCCACGUAGAAUUCGAAAGGCUCAAAAACGAGCCGUAUAUCGUAUAUGUAACCUUGUUACAGAUAGAAAAUGGUAGCCGAGGGUUUAGUUUGUUUAUUGGGGUUUCGAAGGAAAUGGCCUACAACUCUCAAUCUUGCCUGCUUCAUCAACCCUGGAUUGCGGAUUGACUGCUCUCAGUAUCACUUUGCCGUCUUUUAGUUUUUUUUAGUAUGGAAGCCCCUGGGUAUUAUCAAAUGAGCGUAUAUGAUGUACCGGCUCGACCAAUAAUUGGCCGCUUCUCUGUUUUAUGGACUAAUAUCUUUGCUUUGUUAUCAGUGGCUUCAUUGAUUUUCGUAUUUCGAGAUAAACAAUCCCCGUGAAAACUUGGCUGCUGCUUUUUUCUCGUUUAACUGGUCAAGUAAAUUUACGUCACAGCAUGCAGCUUUAUUGCAACCACUUUUCAAAGUUUGCAAGCAAUAAAAUUGUCAUCCCUUUAACUAAAAAAUCCACCCCUUUGUUUCUAUCCUGCAUGGACUGCUAUAACGACGUUCUUUAUCCGCAUUUAAUCUCGUAUAUACUUCACAAAUGCCACUGAGCGUCCGAUUGAGUGUGAUUCUGUGUUUAGUGUUAGGAUGCAACUGGAGGUUCUGUUGCCGAGAUCAAUCACACAGGAAUAAUAGGAAAUAAAAAUUUCGUACAUGUAUCCCAUAUCCCUCUUAUGUUGAGCUUGUGAUGAUCCGAAUUUCGAUUCUGCGUGGUUGUGACUGCAACAAUUGCUAUGGUGUUGAUGAGGUUGUUCUCAAAAUUUGUGUACAUUUUUCCAAUGAGAUAUUUGCCGAUAUUGAUUGUAAAAUUAUUAUAAUAUUUAUUCAGCAAAUUGAUGCUAGUUUGGCCUUGUGACUGACUUGAGUUUUCUCUCUCCCCCCCACGAACACAAACACAAACAUUCACAUGCGCUCUCGUCUCACUCUGUAUUUUUCCAUGGUCUCUUUAUCAUUUAACUGCCUCUUAUACCUCCCGAAAUUUGUUAUGUCAAUCAUUUCUCGUGAAUAAUGGAUUUUAUUUUGUGUUCUGGCUUUUGCUUUAUUAAAUCGUAUUUGAAUUGAUUUGAAUUUGAGCUGAGGACAUCCAUAACGUUUCCUAAUCCCCGCCAAUGCAUUUAAUUAAUUAUCACCUACCUUGGUUCUUCAUAUCAUUUUAUUCUCAUUCCAUCUAUUGCUAUUUGUUUGUUCCGGUGUUUGUUAACUAACCACUAAUAUUUUUUGUUCAUUACGUUUUUUGCAUUAACAUCGUGGAUCGUUAUUUUAAUCUUUGGAAUAUAUUAUGUUCGAUUCUUCCCGUCGUAUUGCUUGUCUAAGUCUCGUCUAAAAUAUUCGUUCCGUUUCAAAUACGUUGAUAUUUUCAUUGACUUGGCCUGCUUUCAUCAUGACACUUCAUCAUGCCGACUUAUUUUUUCUCCUAAUUACUCACACAUGACCACACACGACAAAUUCUCACGGCCUCUCGCGCCCCAUGCAGACGAGUAUAACCUAAACCCUGGGCUAGAGUGGGAUGACGAGUUCACAGCGGGAGAAGAUGAGGACGCUUCUUUGACGAUGCUGGACGGUGGUGGCGGCCCUAACAGACAUCACCUGCCACCGGGUAUCCUGACUACCGGCAUGCCUCAGGUGCAAAACGUGCAACCUGCCGUUCUGACAGUGGAAGAGCAGAUGCAACAGCAGCAACAACCGCCACAGCCUGACCCGCCUCGUGAGUUAUCGGAGGCGGAGAAGCAGGUGAUCAUGAUGACGCCAGAGUUCCAUCAGUUCUUUGACCGCUCUACCCGCAUCGUGGAGCGCGCCCUGGCUGAAGACGUGGAUAUCUUCCUUGACUACAGCCAUGAUCAGGACCAGGAGAGUGGAGGCCUGGACCAGAGCAGGCAGAGGUUGUCUCUGUCUCGCUGCUUCUACGACGACCGCUGGUCCCGCAACCGCUGCAUCACCAGCAUGGAUUGGAGCCCUCAGUCUCCAGAGUUGCUUGUUUGCAGUUACAAUAACAACGAAGAGUUUCCACAUGACCCCGACGGCGUUGCGCUCAUCUGGAACAGAAAUUAUAAGAAGACUACACCUGAAUAUAUCUUCCAUUGCCAGAGUCCCGUCAUGUCAGCCACAUUUGCUGGCUUCCACCCUCACCUCAUCAUCGGGGGCACAUACAGCGGCCAGAUCGUCGUGUGGGACAUCAGGACUCAGAAGCGCACGCCUGUGCAGCGUAGCCCUCUGUCGUCCGUCGCACACACGCAUCCGGUCUACUGCAUGAAAGUUGUGGGAACCCAAAAUGCCCACAACCUCAUCAGUAUCAGCACUGACGGCAAAAUGUGCUCCUGGUCCCUUGACAUGUUGUCGCAGCCUCAGGAGAGCAUGGAGCUGCAGCACAAGCAAUCUAGGGCAGUGGCUGUUACGUGUUUGGCGUUCCCAAAUGCUGAUGUCAACAAUUAUAUCAUUGGUUCUGAAGAAGGCACUGUCUUCACUGCUUGUCGUCACGGCAGCAAGGCUGGUAUCCUAGACGCUUACGAAGGACACCAGGCGCCUGUGACGGGCGUGAGUGCGCACUCAACUCCAGGACAGAUCGACUUCUCGCACCUGUUCCUUACUUCAUCCUUUGACUGGACCGUGAAACUUUGGAGCAUGAAGCAUUGGUCUUUGAAGGAAACGAAGCCCCUGUACAGCUUUGAGAACAGUUCCGACUACGUGUACGACGUGGCCUGGUCCCCCACUCACCCCGCUCUCUUCACCACAGUCGACGGCACCGGCAGAAUUGAUCUAUGGAAUCUUAAUCUCGAUACUGAAGCACCCACAACAACAGCCAGUGUUGACGGAGCGCCCGCUCUGAACCGCGUCUCAUGGACGCCCUCGGGCACUCAAAUUGCUGUUGGGGACGAUAGUGGCCGCGUGCACAUCUACGACGUGGGCGAUCAUUUGUACCAGCCAAGGCAAGACGAUUGGAGUCAGUUGGUUCACACGCUCGGUGAACUCAAGAACAAUCGAACAGAAGAAGAUUCGCUGUCGCAGCGCGGAUACGACAGCCCCAUGUCUUCUCUCUCGUCGCUGGCGUCGUCUCCACUCCUCCGAUAACCAAACCAAUGAUUCUCGCUUCCUUCCAGAAAUCGAUUUGUGGAUCACACAUAAUAUUACCGUUCAUUGCUUCAAAGCAUCUUGAAAAAAUUUAUUUGGUUACGUAUAAUGAAGUAUACCUACAUAUUUAACGAUAUGUGUAGUAUAGACAUCUGUAUGAUCCGUUGAAGACCACUAAGUAUUUUUGUUGACAGUUUAUUUUAUUGCAUUUCUCAAUUCGGCGAAUAACGCUUCAGUAGUAUCUCAAAUUAGUUUUCUCUAAUUCGCUAAAUUGAGAAAAGCAGUAAGAAACGUUAAUAAUUAAUACAUUUUGGACUUCAACGAAACUUGAAUUCAUGAACUUCUUCCCAACUAUACUAACAUCUUUGAAAGUGCAUGUCGGAUUAUAAACCAAAUAACAUUCGUCAAAAUAUUUCUUUAAGUUAAACCUGAAAAGUCUGUUGAAUUUUAAUCUGGAGUGAGGAAAUAAGAAUAUGAAUGAAGUCCAUUCUUAGAUUGAUUACUCGAACUUCGGAGUAUCGCGUGUGCUAAUUAGUAGACUAUUCGGCUUUAAUUUAAUAUUAAACUUUUUUUCUCAGUUUAACGUAUUAAUGUUGUAAGUUAUUGAUUUUUUUAUGCAUGCUGGAGAAAUGCUUUCAAUCUCAUGGUAAAACGCGAGUAAAAUAUUAUAUCAAUAUUAAUGUUACGAUAUAUCUCGAUUUGAUUUCUAAUAAAAUGUUAUACGAAGUUGAAUCUGAUUUCAAAUCUUGGAAAGCAGAGACGACUCAAUUUUAGUUUCAGGAUUUCAUUUAAGAAUCUUGUUCAUGGAGACAGGAAUCUAAAUUUGAAUAGUCCUCAUUUCAUAGAAUUUUCUGCGUGAAAUUUUGUAACGAUUUUUUUUUCGGAUGCCAAAACGCAGCACUCCUAAAUUUCAUAGUUUUGUAAAACAAUAAUAGAAUGCAAACUACAAUGUAAUCUGAUUCCAUCAAUUCAAUUUACCAGACGAGAAAGCAAGAUGAAUGUCAACUUGUGUCAACCUUGUUUUUAAAAGGAGCUUCUAGACUCAACAAUCGAUUUCCCCUCUAACCGUCAGAAUUAGAAUAUUCAAUAAGAUGCAAGACUAUUGCACUCUUUCAUCCUUAAUUAACCAAUAAGUAGGUUCACCUGUGAAAAACUCGGUCUCGACAAUCUUGUCGUUGUCUCGUGAUUGCAAUGAACAAAAUGGUUAUAGAAAUUUUCCUCCUGAUUAAAAUUUACGGUACUUUAUAUGCUCAUGCCAAGACUUCUUAAUGGCAAACUAAUCGCACGCAUAGCUCAACGAGAUACCAACGAGAAGGUUAUAUAAUUCAUGUCUCAUGUUUUUGAAUAUUUGUCGGAACCGAAGGAUGGAAGAAUAUCUUCUCUACUGCAUACCUAACCUUGCAGCGAUUCAUGAUUCAUGUCCUACUUCUGCGAAAGUUAAGCUAUAUAUAUAGAGUUCUAAUCUCUUACAGAAGCGACACGAAAGGCAAUUGAAGUAACUUAAUAUGGAAAUUUUAUUGAAAAUGUCUCUCCGGACUUCAUAUUUUCAUUUCAAAAUUAAGCAACAAAAAAAUUAUUCACCCAGUUGUAUCUACGUUUCUGCCGUAAAUUUUGUGAUAUAAAGUUUUCAAAAUGAAGUGUCCUCAACAUCAGCACAUGUGCUGACGAAUCCAUCAGAUAAACCAUCACAAGAAAUUAAAAAAUUAGACGAAAACCGUUCACAAAAUGAACUCUUCAUUUAAGUAAACGUUAACCGAGUAGAAAAACAGCCUCAUUGAAAACUGCACAGUAUUUUAAUGCCCUUCAUUCCUCUUGCAGCAGAGAUCAAUGAGCGAGAGAGUGAAAUAAAACAAAUACAACAACUUUUAAAAACCACGUUUUCUUA